GCGUGCAUUACGUUUCCACCGCUCAGUACGCAUGCGCUAGUUACCUAGCUGUAAGGAAGUUCACUGUGCGAGGUUUCUGCGUCAUUUUUAGGCGCGCGUGCCGCCUUUAUUUAUUUAUUUAUUUAUCUAUCCUAGUUAUCGUUUAGCGAACCUGCGUCGAGCGUUAUUCUGCACGGACUUUAAACGCAACAUGGCUUUGGUAUCAGCUGAUUCCAGAAUUGCUGAGCUCCUAGGAGAACUGCACCAGCUUAUCAAACAGACACAGGAGGAACGAUCAAGAAGUGAACAUAAUCUUGUGAAUAUCCAGAAAACCCAUGAACGGAUGCAGACAGAGAACAAGAUCUCUCCGUAUUAUCGGACGAAAUUACGUGGCCUCUAUACAACAGCUAAGGCUGAUGCAGAAGCUGAAUGCAACAUCCUGCGCAAGGACUUGGACAAGAUCGCUGAGAUAAAAUCUCUUUUGGAAGAAAGGCGAAUUGCUGCCAAGAUUGCUGGGCUCUACAAUGACUCUGAGCCGCCACGUAAAACCAUGCGCCGUGGAGUGCUGAUGACUCUUCUCCAGCAGAGCGCCAUGACUCUUCCAUUGUGGAUUGGGAAGCCUGGAGAAAAGCCGCCUCCCCUUUGCGGUGCCAUCCCUGCCUCUAGUGAUUAUGUGGCCAAACCGGGAGAUAAAGUGGCAGCUCGUGUCAAGGCUGUUGAUGGGGAUGAGCAGUGGAUCUUGGCUGAGGCUGUGAGCUACAAUCAUGCCACCAACAAAUAUGAAGUGGAUGACAUUGAUGAAGAAGGAAAAGAGCGUCAUACCUUGAGCCGACGUCGCAUCAUCCCUCUGCCUCAGUGGAAGGCCAAUCCUGAAACAGACCCUGAGGCCUUGUUCCAGAAGGAUCAGUUGGUCCUGGCCUUGUACCCACAAACCACCUGCUUCUACCGAGCCCUCAUCCACGCGCCACCUCAGCGGCCCCAAGAUGACUACUCGGUCCUCUUUGAAGAUACCAGCUAUGCAGAUGGCUACUCUCCCCCUCUCAAUGUAGCUCAGCGCUACGUUGUGGCUUGCAAAGAAACAAAGAAGAAGUGAUGUUGCCCUGCACCUGCAGCUUGGUUAGGAACAAGGUCUAUCUCAGUGAACCUCUGCAGAGGGACAGUGAAUGAAAUAUGAAGCAACAGAAACCCAUUAAGAGCAAGAGCAGGAGUUUAAUUUAUUAACCUAAGAAGCUUUCAUUCCAAUACAACACAGGCAGAGAAAUAAUUAUAUGAUUACUUCCAAAAGUUAAAGACUUUGGCAGGAAUUGAUAGUUGCUUUGGAAGCAGCAAACUACAAUACUUUGAGUAAAGAACGGACAAUUGUUUGCUAUUUGUCAGUUUUUGUUAUUUGGAUUUUUAAACUUGCAGCUGUUUUAUUUUAUUUAGGCUGCCUUUUUGGCACGCCUCAAAUUAAUGAAGUGCUGCGUACUUUAGAUUCUUUUCCAGUUCUUUUUUCCUCCUGUCUUAAGAAGAUUGCAAAAUGUCCUGCCUUGGAGAAAAGAUUUGGAAUGAAAUCCAACAAUUAAAACACAAGGACUUGACCUGAAUUUGUGACUUUCUAAAGGAAAGUAGGAGGGGAUUUGGGAUUUUUUUUUAAAUUUGGGGGUGAAAAGGAUGACUGGGACUCCUGGUCAGCUAUGGAGGAUAAUUUUACUAAUUGUUCUUGUUUCUAUUGUGCAAUUUCCUAUUUUAUUCAUUUCACCACUUGCAAAAAAAUUAAAUCAAAAGGGGGUUGUUAUUCUAAUGUGACUAGAAUUCCAACAGAAUCUUUUUUCAAGGAUUGGAACAUUUUCGAAACCAGGAGUGGUGACUUGGAAUUAGUCUCAAAAGAACAGAUUGCAUAAUUUUAUUUUAUUUAUUGCAUAAAUUAUAACAUUUAAACCAUGCAAGAAUAAAAAUACAAAAAACAAAAUAGAAAAGUAACCACUAAUAAAAAACAUGUUAGGAAGAGGAAAAAAAUCAUAAUGCCUUCAGGAAUAAUUGUCUUCAAUAGAAAUUAUACAAUUGAUAGUUUUCUAAAGUAUAUCAAAGCAGAACACAUCUAUAUAACUUUUUUUAAAAGUUAUUGGUAAGUACAAAAACCAGAUAAUGAUGGCUCUCAAUCGUUAGAAUUUUCAGCGGGAAGAAUUAUGGAGCUAGAAAUUAUAUUUCCAGAAAUAGGGACAUUAUAAACAUUUGAUUUCUUUCUUCUUUUCUGACAGUUUUAGCAGAACCCUUAAAUGGCAUAACACCAUUCUCCAUCUAAUGAGACUCAAAUUUGCGUCCUAAAAAUUUUCUCUUAGUUUCAGAUAAUACUACCUAACAAAUCAGAUUUUUUUUUUCUUUCACUUCACCAUUUUUUAAAAUUACACUUCAAAGUAUUGUGAUGAAGAGUUCUUAGAAACUUUAAAACUUGCACUUGGGUCAUAAAAUAUUUUGGCUCAAUAAAAAUUGUCCCAAAGAUGCUUUUUAAAAGGAUAAUUGGACUUCCUUAGUUUUUUCCCCCCCUUGAAAAUGUUUCACUUCUCAUCCAAGAAGUUUCUUCAAUUCUUCAGAACUGAAAAAGCUUCUCGGAUGAGAAGUGGAUUUUUUUCAGGGGAAAACCCCCCAAGAAAAUCCAGUUGCUUUUUGAAAAGCACCCUUGAGACAACCAUGACUUGGAUGAUUAAGAAUCCAUAGAUAUUUUUACCCAAUAAAAAUAUUUAUAAACUUAUGGGGAAAUGGGAAAAAGGACAGCAUUGUUUCUUUUUAAAGAGAGGUGUUUAUGCAAAUAUUCAAAAAAUGAAUUCUAAUUGGUGUCAGCUAGAAAUGGCUUUUUUACCUAUCAAAUUUUUGAAGUGAUUUUUUCUUUAGGAACAGAAACAAUAGCUGUCGUGAAACUUCAUUUGACCCUUUGUUGAUGAGGAAAUUGAAAAAAAAAAAGCAUGCCACUAUGUUCCUCAAUAAAUCAAGCUUGAACUUAGAAUAAACAAAACCUUAUCAAAUAAA